GAAAAUAAGGAAAUGCUCAUAAAUUCUUAAACCGAAUAUCAGAUAAUUCUUGAUUAAGUUGUAAGAGGAUAUGCUUUGAAUGAAUAGGAGGAAGCAUGACUCUGACUGGUUUGAAACGUUCAAAGAAAUACGGAAGUAAAAUACGGUUAUAGCUACACAUGAAUGUGUGAUGACAUGAAUCCAACUAAAGUGGUUGAUUUUUCCUGAAUAAACCAUAAAUAGUUUAACAAAGCAAAAGUUAAUUAUAAAUAUGACCAAAAACAUUUCACAAUGUAUAUGAAAGGUGUUAUUUGAGAAGUAUAACAUAAGUUUUCAUGACAUUUGUCCCACAUAUUCCAAGAAAUUUGGAUACAAGUAACACAUAGCAAUCUGCACAUUGUCUGCAAGCGGAUGAAAAAAGUGUUACAUACUCACACCUAUCUUAUAGGAUAUACUUUGUAAGAGAAACGUGUUAUUUAAUUGUGACUUGUAAGGAUUGGUAUAAACAUAAGCCUUGUAAGUUCAUUUGAAAAAGCCUACAACACGAGCAAUAUACCUUGGAAUGUACUGUGGAACAGCUUUAGUUUAAUAGAUAACUAUGGUGAUUAUAUGCGAUGAAAAUGAUGCGAGAAGCAAUGAUGACCAAGAUAGCGAUGACUACACCGAUACAGCACAUGUUGACACACCAAAUGUGAAACGAAAUGAAACUGGGACUCAUUUAGUAUACAAUACAACUAAACAAACUGACGAAAGGCCAUUUAGGAACAUUCAUGAAAUACUAAUAACAAUUGGAAAUGAGGAUUAUAUGCCAUUGAUCUUUCCAAACAGUGUUCCCGUAUCAGAAAAUGAUGACAAACUUACUCGUACUCAAAGUCAUCAGCAAACAAACGAUGAGAGAUCCAUAAACAACAAUAAUGAUUUACAUGUUUCAAAAAAUGAUGACAACCCUGAUAUGAAUGACUAUCUUGAAAUCUUGGAAAAUGAUGAAAAUCUUUUAACUGAUGAUUAUGACCCUAUCGAUGGGUUGCAACAGGGCACAGUGGAAGGAAUCAAUAAUAUUAAUGAUCGUACUCAAAAUACAAAAACUACUAAUGAUAAGAUAAGGCCUAUGCCAGCCCUUCCAGAUUUAACACAUAUUCAAAAUAAAGGACUUUUUGGUACUUCCCGACACAAGCAAAAUGAACAUAAAUCAAGAGAAAGUAGGGUUUUAUCAGACAUAAAUAUGUACGAAGAAAUUCCAUACUAUCAUUAUGUUGGAACGCACGAGUAUGCCGGUGAAAAGAAGGAAAACGGAAGUACUUCAUAUAUCUGUAAUUGUUCCAAGAAACUUAGGAUUUUGACUUUGGCCUUUGUUGCAAUUGUAUGUAUUAUAGGGGCAUCCCUCGUAAUUCCAAAUACGUUAUAUGGAAAAGGGAAAGAUGUCAUACUUGGUCAACCAGAUGAAGUGUGUUUAGCGUGUAUUUGUCAAACAGAGGGUUGUGAGAGAAACUUAGGGCGCUGUGAGCAAGAUAGCGCUGGAGAGUGGAGAUGUGGACCCUUCAAUAUUGGCGAAGCUUAUUGGACUGAUUGUGGACGUCUACAAGGAGAGUUCCGGACAUGUACUAUGACAAUGGAAUGCUCUCAACAGUGCGUGCUAAAUUACAUGGCUAAAUAUAACAUGACAUGUGGUCAUGGCGAAAAGACAUGUGAACAGUAUGCAAAGCUACAUCACCAUGGCUCGGGUGGAGGAUGCAAUAAAACUGAUUCAUCUUAUUGGAGGGAGGUCGAGAGAUGUCUGUACGGUUAAAUACCAAUUGAAAUGGAUUCAAAAUGGAUGAAUUUAAGUGCUAUAAUGCGCAUUUGACUGCACACUGCUUGCUGUGUAUUGCAUACCCAAAUUUUUAUCAUUUGAGUCUUUUCAAGCUGAGGAUAGAAUAUUUUGGGAUGGUAAAAUAAAUAAAAUUUUGAUUUAGAAAAUGUGGAGCGGAAUAAAUACGAACAUAAAUAAAGAUGGGCUAUCAGAAUUCAGAAUUGAGUUUCUGUUUACUUUCUUUUCCAUAGAAUUGUUCCAUUGCCCAAGUGAUCGAGCU